AUGAAUGCCAACGGGAAACGUAUCCAGUUCGACACUAAGACGAUCGACUUGUUCUGGCUGCUUGGCUUCAGCUCGUGGCGGGCCAUCGAAGUGUACGCACCAGCCCUAGUUGUCGCGACAUCCAACGGGUUACCGCUCGACCAAGCCCUCAGUGUCGAUGAAGAACGCGGCCAAUAUGAAUUCGACUACAAGCAGCGCAUCGCCGCCGCCCAGUCGCUCAUCACAGCCGAACAGACCUCAGACGUAUCCUGGCCUGUGGACAUCCCCCUGCCGAGCGCCGACCGUGAUGGCCUGGGCAACAUUCAGCACAUGGCGGCAUUCGACCUUGUUGCGCUCGCCUUGGCCUUCGCCCUGCUACACGAAUUCCAGCACGUCAUGUUCUGCGCCGAUAAACGCGCGCCCUCUACGCGACCUGAAGAGGAAAUCGCCUGCGACACCUAUGCCCGAACUUUCAUGACAAGCGAGCUCGCCGCCUAUGCGAAGGUACACGGACACGAUUUCGCCCAGGUCCAGAACAAGCGUGCGAUGGGCAUCACGCUCGCCGCCGUCAUCGUUCAUGCGAUGACGCUGCCCCAUGCACGUUGGGGCAAUAGCGAAUAUCCACCGAUCACCGAACGGCUGACAGCAAUGAUCCGUGGCUACACUCUGCCAGCCGAUUCAUCAUUCUGGGCCUUCACGGCCUGUGUCCUAAUCGCGCUUAUGCGGCAGGAAAACCUUCCGCUCGACAUUGUCGCCUACUCGAACAAAGAAACGGGAAAUAACUUGCCGGUCUAUUUCAUUGGCGAAGAUGAAAACGGAUGCUCUCCUAUCAAGAUCGGGGUGGCGAAGAACAUCGAGGAGCGUAAGCGCAAUCACCAGACCGGUAACCCUCUUGAUCUGAAACUGCUCGGAUGGAUCGAAGUAGCCGAUGCCUUUCAGCUUGAACGCCAGCUUCAUCAGCACUUCGAGUCGACCCAUGUGCGCGGCGAGUGGUUCGCAAUCGAGCCUGCAGAGAUCUUGCCCAUUCUCAUGCGCGUUGGCCUAGACGGAUUUGUCGCCAAGAACGCUGAUGCGUUCCAGGUCAUUGGCUAUGACCGUGACCCUGUGCCGGAGUAUCUUGGGGUAUGGGAAUGGGGCGACCUUGAGAUCUAUGAAUGCUGCCCCUACUGCGGCUGCCUGUGCGGCAUGCACUUUCAAGAUGCAUCACAGAUGUACCACUAUCUGAACUGCGACACGCUAACGGACUUUUCGGACUUGGACCCACGCAACGAAUACUUGGACGAC